GUUUCUUUCAACCUCAAGCCUCGCCUCUGCGUAAUCGCAUCAACAGUCGACAGAGAUUUUUAUCACCACCACCACCCAUUCGGCCGACAUUCUUCUCAAUCAAUGUUCGGGAACACCCUCGCACCCCGACCGACUGUCUCCUCGAUUUUUGGCCGAUUCCCACGAUUCCCUCGUCGGCGCUGAGGCUUCCCUUUCAAACUGGAGGAGUUACGCCCCUCGCCUCGCCGCAGUCGGGGUUGGCACGGCCAUGUCCCUAUCAUGGCCGCCCCCAAACAGUCAGAAACCACCAGACGAUGAACCUCUCCUGCAUGCUUUACACAGAGACACUUUAAACGGCCUGCUCCGCGCUCCCUCAAGACCACAUACGCCGAGUUCCUUCAAAUUACGCAGUCUGGGGAGCGGUUCCCAGUCCGGCCAAGCUGCGGAGCCAGAGCCCAGCAUCGAGGAAGACCCCCAGAUUGUCCGAUUUCGCGCACUCUUCCAAGAUGCCGAGAGCAAACUUGCAACGCUGUUCAAUGAUGUCGGACAAGUUAUAAUUCCUCAAAGGCGCACUCUCGCUGCCGCUCCCUCCCAACAAUCCGCGCCCGACGAUGCUGCCCCGUCCGCUCCGCCCCCUGCUCCUAUAUCAAAAAAGCGCAAGUUGGAAGAUGACGACUACGACGAUUAUGACGACGAUGACGCCGACGAGCAACCCGACGCCGAUGCGGCGAACGCGUCUUCCGCCAAGGAAAACCCGAAUAAGGUGCAUAUCGUCGCUGACGCUACCUCGUCGCCGACCCCGAGGCCCGCCCCGCCCCCGAGCAUUCCUUCCGACUCGGUGAAGGCCGCUUCCAAGGCGGGACACAACAAGCAGAAGGAAGAUGCCGAGGAUGCUCGCAAGAAGCUGGAAGAGGCCAAGCGCAAGGAAAUCGAGACCGUCAAAACCCUGUCGCGGACGAUGUUUUUCACGCUGGAAAAUGACAGGGACGCCAUGUUGGAUCAGCAACGCCUAGAUGAGGCAGAGCGCCGAGCGGAAGCUGAAGCAGAAGGUCAUGCUAACCGACAAAAUGCAGCAAUGCAACAAGGUAGUCUGAGCAAAGCCAAUCUCGGCGCAUCAAGUCUUACGCUUAAGAACCUUAUUGCGCGCUUGGAUGAACAUCGCAACCUAGUCCAUGCAACUGAAUCGGAGCUUCGUGCGCUGAUGAGUGAGGUGCGCAAGAACCGGAGCAAAUGGGCAAGCGAGGACAAGAUCGGUCAGGAAGAAUUGUACGAGGCAGCGGAGAAAGUCUUGACCGAGUUGAAAGCCCACACUGAGCACUCGACUCCAUUCCUCAACCCCGUCAAAAAGAAGGACGCACCCGACUAUUAUCUAGUCAUCAAGCACCCCAUGGAUCUCGGUACCAUGACCAAGAAACUCAAACAAUUCGCUUACAAGUCCAAGAAGGAAUUUGUCGAUGAUCUCAAUCAGAUUUGGAAGAACUGUCUCAAGUUUAACAGCAACCCUGACCAUCUCUUUCGAAAGCACGCUCUCUUCAUGCAGAAAGAGACGGACAAGCUCGUCCCUCUGAUUCCAGAUAUCGUCAUCAGAGACCGUGCCGAAGUCGAGGCUGAAGAGAGACGGCAACAGGGUGAACUCGACGACGGGGCUGAAGAAAGCGAUGAUGAGCCCAUAAUGUCAUCCCGAGGCCGUAAGGCCCCCAAGAAAAGUGCAAAGAAGGGGGGAGCAGCAGGCCGAAAAGCCCCGCCUGAAACGACCCCUAUUCCAGAGACCAAGCCUGUGUUGCAGUCACUGAGCUCCGUGCAGAAUGGUAUCCGAGCAGAAUCUGAGGUGGACGGGAGCCAAGGUCACUCGACUCCGCCACCGGGAGUUUUGACACCCAUUGGCGCUCCUGGUCCGGGCAGUGUUGCAGGUGGUGGAAGUGAAGCAAUGGAUUUGGAUCUACCCGCACUUCCUUCCCAAACGCCGAUACCUGAAUACGAAGAUGAGGAAUAUAAACUUUGGAAACAGAAGACGAAAAAGGAUCGCGCAAUGCUCGCGGCCGCGCGACACAAGCUCUUCCGCGGAGACAAACUGAAUGCCGAGGAGACCGCGUUACUACGAAGUAAAGCCGGUAUGCGCAGGUGGCAACGCAUGCAGCAAGAAGCCGCAGGCAAAGAUGUUGCAGACCUUGGGGCAGAGACUUCUGAACGGGAUAAUAGGGUUGAAAUCCAUGGGCAAACUCUCGCUGAGGGAAUGGAAGUCGAGGAAGAGAACAUGCUCCCUGACUAUUACGAUUCGCUGGCUGCCAUACCCGACAUCGACCCCCGACUGAGAUGGGAACAAGACUCUGAAGGACAUGUCAUCGAACAUGCUGAGGAGUUCCUGCGAUUGUAUCCUCAGGGUCAAUUUGUUGCCCCGCACGGCAAGUUGGCCAAAACGAUCGAGUCCAACAUGCGACAAAUGCAAGACACACGGAAGGUGGUUUCCAAGAUCAGCGUGGUCAAACAGAUGCAACUCCAGUCGCAGACCUAUCACAAUCAAUUCCAGAAGUACCAAGCAGAACCCUUUGUAGAAGCAGACAUCCCAAACCAUGUCAUGUCAGACGAUGGGCCUGUCAUCGCUCCCUGGGUCUGCAAGGCUGCCUUUCAAAGGUCGAUUGGGGAGAUCUUCUUCCACGCAGGGUUCGAGGAGUUCCAACCUUCGGCGAUUGAUGCCAUGACGGACCUAGCAGCAGACUUUUUCCAGCGACUAUGCACUACCCUGGUGAACUACAGAGAAGACUACAAGAUUCCAGUGCCGAACACAGUUCCCGUGGCUCAGGGUGAGAAAGCCGACGUGGUGUACAAGUCUCCAUAUACAGCGGAGGAGGCGAUUCUUCACUCUCUGCAUUCCGGUGGUAUGUCGCUUAAUGAACUUGACGUGUAUGCACGAGAAGAUGUGGACCGUGCAGCCAGUAAACUCACAAUGAUGCAUGAGCGGAUGAAAGGACAUCUCGCCGAUCUCCUCCGGCCAGCUUUGACAGACGACACUGCUCAUGGACAAGGAUCCUUUGCAGACGGUGGAGAGCAGUAUGUGGGCGGAGACUUUGCAGGCGACCUCGAUGAAGACUUCUUCGGCUUCCGCGAACUAGGUCUCGAUAAGGAGUUCGGCAUGGCCAGUCUGACAGUACCAUUCCACAUUUUGCAGAACCGUCUCGGCCUCAGCAAUCAACAAGUUAACUCCGCAGAUUUGGCGGAGAAGAUGUUCAUCGACCCACCCCGCUGGCCCAAGAUCAGCAUGGAAAAUGUGGAUGAGCAGAUUGGUCUGAUCAGGGAUUGGUUUAAGAAACGCCUGCGUGAUAACGGCGAGCGUCCCCUCACGGAGGAUCUGGAACUGCCACCGAAGCAAAGGCCUGGCCACGGAAGGGCGCGAAUUCCUGCCUCGGGCAAAAUUGGGGAGGGAACGCUCAAGAGUAACGCCAGUCCCCAGAAAAAGGCCGCAGCUAACAGGAAUGCUGCAAACGCUGCGAAGGCUACUGCUGCCGCUGCGGUGGGAAGUACCACACCUGGGGAUAAAGGCAAGCGGAAGUCGGUCGUCGCCAACGGUGUGGGGGACGAUAGUCCGAUGGUCAAUGGAGUGGGAAAUGCUACUCCGUCAACGCCCGGCCCUGGUGGGGAUGGAAGUCCUGAGAAGAAACAAAAACCGGUGCUGAAAGCAAAACCUUCGACAACUGAAGUUCAACAGGUCUCUGAUAUUGACAAGAAUCAAGGCGACAACGGACUACCACCUGCUGUGGAGGCUUUGGAUAUGAUGGACGGCGUCAAUGGAGAGAUGCCCCAGGUGAAUGGGGUCGAAAAAGUCAACGGGGUGAUUGGGGACGGGGACGCGAGCAUGAUGAGCCCUGAAAGCUUAUGAUUUACAUGACGGGGUCCGGGUUCGGACUGGUCAUGAAGCGAACUAGAAAAGGGGACGUUGGUUGCCGUGCAUGACAGCAUGGCGCAUUGCGUGAUAUUGGGUAUAGAAUGACUGUUGGGAUGCGACGGAUGACAAUGCUCCUGCUUUGGAUGGUACGUGACGCCUUACUAUACCCAGAAGUUUGGAAGGGGACAGGACGAGAAGGGAGGAAUGUUUUCUUUAACAACGACAAGAAGGGAGGUAUCAUCUGAUUCCGAUCAUGUGUCGUGUCGAGCACGGGGACAAAAGUCGAGUGCAAGGAAAGCCAGUCAGUCUCUUGACGCCGAUGGGGGAUCGAAGCGGUGAAUGGAGUUUCUUGUAUAUACCUACCUAUUUACCUGUCCAUCCGUAUUUUGCGUAUCUAAGGCUCUGGCCCGUGUGUACAAGGCCUCGCACAUUA